AUGAACGGGACAGAGGGCCCGAACUUCUACGUGCCCUUCUCCAACAAGACGGGCGUGGUGCGCAGCCCCUUCGAGUACCCUCAGUACUACCUGGCCGAGCCAUGGCAGUUCUCCAUGCUGGCUGCCUACAUGUUCCUGCUGAUCGUGCUCGGCUUCCCCAUCAACUUCCUCACGCUCUACGUCACCAUCCAGCACAAGAAGCUGCGCACGCCGCUCAACUACAUCCUGCUCAACCUGGCCGUGGCCGACCUCUUCAUGGUCUUUGGGGGCUUCACCACCACCGUCUACACCUCGCUGCACGGAUACUUUGUCUUCGGGCCCACGGGAUGCAAUCUGGAGGGCUUCUUUGCCACGCUGGGCGGUGAAAUUGCCCUGUGGUCUUUGGUGGUUUUGGCCAUUGAGCGGUACGUGGUGGUGUGUAAGCCCAUGAGCAACUUCCGCUUCGGGGAGAACCAUGCCAUCAUGGGCGUCGCCUUCACCUGGGUCAUGGCCCUGGCCUGUGCUGCACCCCCCCUCGUUGGCUGGUCCAGGUAUAUCCCAGAGGGCAUGCAGUGCUCGUGCGGGAUCGACUACUACACACUCAGCCCAGAGGUCAACAACGAGUCCUUUGUCAUCUACAUGUUCGUGGUCCACUUCACCAUCCCUAUGAUCAUCAUAUUCUUCUGCUAUGGCCAACUCGUCUUUACAGUCAAGGAGGCGGCUGCCCAGCAGCAGGAGUCGGCCACCACACAGAAGGCUGAGAAGGAGGUCACACGCAUGGUCAUCAUCAUGGUCAUCGCAUUCCUGAUCUGCUGGGUGCCCUACGCCAGCGUCGCAUUCUACAUCUUCACUCACCAGGGCUCCAACUUUGGCCCCAUCUUCAUGACCAUCCCAGCAUUCUUUGCCAAGUCCUCCUCCAUCUACAACCCUGUCAUCUAUAUCAUGAUGAACAAGCAGUUCCGGAACUGCAUGAUCACUACGCUGUGCUGCGGCAAGAACCCACUGGGUGAUGACGAGGCCUCCACCAGCACCUCCAAGACGGAGACCAGCCAGGUGGCACCGGCCUAA